AACUUAUACAUUCCACUUUUCGAAGUCAGAGAUUCGUUACUAUGCAUUCAAUACUUUUUCAUACUUUCCUGUUCUUAGAAAAAAAUUUCAGCUGUCUUGUUUUUUGGAGAAUUUCGUACAAGAGUUUUCCUUAAUUUUUCCGAUUAUAAUCCAAUCAUCAAGAAUAAUUAAAGUGAAUAGAUAGAAACAGAAAGAUCUCGGGAAAAAUUCAUCGAAGUCGAUUUCCAUUUUCGGACAUUGAAGAUUUAUAGACCGAGUUCCCAUGAAUAAUGUACUCGUUAUUUGCUCAUUUUCACGCAAUGGUCAAUGAAUCCUUUAUUUAAACGAAAUCAUAUUUUCGUUGAAUUUCUUUGAUGCGAUCGUACGCGCAAUCAAUUCCGGCAUUUCUUAAUAAAUCGGAAGGCGGAAGGCUGCUUCGUGCGGGCGCCGCGACGUCUCGCGUCGUCGUCUCGCGUCGCUCCCUGCGGUCGUUGGGAGGAGGUCAGGUCGGUCGAACGGGAGCGGGUCGGUCGAACGAUCGAAAGGCUCCGCUCCAUGGCUCAGUUGUAGCGCCGACACCCGGCAUAUACGAAGUCGCGUCGUAGUUUUAAAGGCACAUUCUGUACAAACGUAGACACGCACGCCUCUUUCUUUCGUACCUCCGCCUCGCCUCGCCUCGCCUUCGCCUCGCCUCGCUACGUAGUGAGCAACAGAUAUUAACGUGCACGUUGUAGAAGCGAAACCCGACCUGUAGAAAGCAAAAUGCGUCCGGCCGCCGGUCACUGGAGAAAAAUCCUCCUUGUGUAUAUUUUACAAUUAUUUCCAUUCACGACUCUAGCGGACCACAUGAGGGUCCAGUUGAUUGCGCCAAAGUACAUAACAUAUGGCGAAACGGCUACUUUCUUCUGCAACCAUACUGUCCGGGAUGACUUGCUGCACAAAAUAGAAUUUAUGAAGGACGACAAGAGGAUAUUUCAAUAUAUAAAAGAAAGAAAACCGCCAUAUAUCAUAUCGCCACAUAUCGAUGGCGCCAAGAGUCUGGAGUAUUCGGAAAAUGGCACGACAAUCAAACUGUACGAUGUACAUUUCGAAGCUUCCGGUUCUUAUACCUGCGAGGUCGCUAUGACAACGCCCAUUUAUACUGCGGGUGCUGAUCCCGUAGAUAUGAAAGUGAUACAUCCACAGAGUGCGAAUCCUAAGAUUACAUUUCAAAAAAGCAUGUAUGUGGUUGGUGAGAGUCUGGAGGCAAAUUGUACCUCCUCGGCCGCAUAUCCAGUUCCUUACAUAACAUGGUUUAUAAAUGGCAAAGAGGUGGAUAUUACUUUAGUGAAUCAUUAUCCGCAUACAUAUCAUAAGGACUAUCUGAUGUCUGCCACCGCCAGGUUGAAGGUGGAAGUUUCCGCAUUGCAUGCCGGGGAAAAUGGACGUUUGGAGAUCAGCUGUCGGGCAACGAUACCCGAUUUCCCCAUGCAACACGAGAAAUUUGCCGAUAUUAAGACAAAGACGGUGUCGGUGCAAAUUAUACCAGCACCGGAUAUGACGUCUUCCGCGGCAAUUCUCGUACGAGAACUAACGCUAUCUACAAUACUGUGCAUAUUAAACGCGAUGCACGAGUUUAUUCCUUAAUAAAAGUCAAUUGCUCUAGGAUAAUUCGGCUGUAACAUACUUAAUCGUAAGGAUAUUAAGGCGAUGAACAUAAGAUCGAACAAUCACAAUGUCUUCCUUCGAUAUAUCGAAAUACACACGGGGGCAGCGGUUUUAUUGUCUUUGCAGAAGUUUUGUAAACUCAUAGACGCGGCUUCUUCGUGCGCGCUAUUUUCGAUUAUUGCUUAUAACGAGCGUCGUCUGUCUUGCGAAACAUAUCAAUUCUCAUGAGAAGUAAUGUCCGAAUAUUCGGCAGGUGUGUCGGAAAGCUAUGUCUCUUCCUUCCGUAUACGCGCACCUACUUAUUACAUAAAAUAUAUCAAAUUUUGAAAUUUUUAUCUGAAAAUUGAAAGAGUAAUAAUAAUCUAUGCAGAAAUAUUUUCGCGAUGCGAAAUAUCUUCGUUUCAUAACAAACAGAAAAUUUGAUGUGUAAUACACAUAAUAUAACAUAAAUAUAUAUUAUAUAUAUUGUUGACUUAAUUAAUAUAUCUUUUAAAGAAUCAGAGUUUAUUCCACAUUAAAAUAAAAUAUGGCUUUAUUGUUAAACACACAUGUGAAGAUUUGAUCUAUAAUAACGUUAUUGUGAGACACUCUGUUAUAUCACUGUUGUAAAUUGUAAUUUAUAUAUUACUUUGAAAAACGAUAUAGUUUUCCGAUACGCGUAGUAUAACAUUUCAUAUACUCUCGCCUCGCCGCUGGGGAAAUACAAUGUUUUUUAAGCUAGCAAAUGCAUUCUUGUUAUUGUGCUCUCAUUUCCAUAAAAAUUGUUGACCAUAAAAAACGCUUUACAAUCCGUUGAAUCAGUUUAACAUUUUCUCUUUUUAGAGCAAAAAAAUCUAAUUUCUCGAUAUCAUCUUCUCAUUUUUCCUUAAUACAUUUUUCUCUACGGGAACAAUAUUUUCUCCUUAUUUAAUUCAUUAGGAUUAUAAUGAAAAUAGAACUGAUUUCAAUACUUAAUUUGUAUCACGCGCAAAACAAUUUUUUAUGUUAUACGCCCCGUUUUACGAUGUUCGAUAAUAUCGAAGAAAUCAAUUUUCCGACAAUAAUUUAGAGAGGCGACAACUUUUUCCCGCGUAAAAUAGAACAUAGAUAUUAGAACAAAUGUUCACCGUCAUUUCAUCAUUAAUUCGGAGCUCUUAUUAGUGCUCCGUAGAAAACAUUAUACAUAAGAAAUUCAAAGCAAGAAUGGCAUAAGUCAAGUAUAGUGGCUUCAUAUUUAGAUUUCUUGCUUGCGUUAAUAUAUUAAGAUAUCUUUAUAAACUAUUUUCUCUACUUUAAUAAAUUAUUAUUUUAUAUAAUAGAUUAUGUAACAAUGCAACGAGCUACAAGUGAGAACCACAAAUAUACUCGCUUAGGCCAUUUUUACUUUCAUUUCUUGGUAUAUUUCACGUAUAAUAAACUAAAGAAUAUCAAUGAAACGGGACGUACGAAAAUGUAGUGUUAUAUUACAACUUUCUUCAGUGUAUUUUACUAAAGAAGCAAGCUUGAAAAACACUGCGGCAGCGGCUUGGCAUCUAGAAAACUGGAAGAAUAUAGAAGUAACUAGAGGCAUUCGAGUCAGAGUCUGGUCAAUGCGCGAGUCACUUAUUGUUAUAUCUAAUAAUAUAAUUAAAUGAUAAAGCGCGCAAUAUGUACACAAUCUCUUUGUUUUCAAUUUACUGAUAGACAAUCUAAUCGUGUCACUAUUAUUUAUUUUUUGUAAUUGAAAAAAUAAUGCAUUAUAUAAUUUUAUUCAAACCAAUUGAAACUGACGAACUGGCCAAACUCUGAUUCGACCAUCUGAGAAGUAGAAGUAGCGAUUACAUGGUCGUUGUGCUUGCGGCCAACUUUUUGAAACACUAUUGGGCGCGUUACUUGUCGAUACGACAUUUAAAACUUGAUGCGAUACCAUCUUUUAUAUCACUAAACAAGGUUUCUUACGACUAAAUGUGUAUGUGAGAUUAUCUUUUAUCUGUGUCUACAGCUCCUGGUUAAAAGUCUUAAUCCUCUCUCUUUGCUAUUAGUACCUGUAAUAACUACCAGCAACUUUGAACAGCCGUAUAUUAUUGGCUGUAGUUUAAUAACAUAUUGAUAACUAUUUAAGCUGGUAAUACUUUUAACGCUUGAAACGCUAAGAGUCACAAGGGAUUAUGUCAGUGAGUGUUAUAUUAAAGUGAACGCAAACGAUGUUUUUCGAGGCUUUAGUGUGUACUUAUCUAAUCUUGAUCGCGUUAGAACUAUCGAAAAAAAAAGAAUCAUUGUCUCUAUUAGAGAUUAAUCUAAAAAAAAACUUAGCUUCAGAUUGAUUCUUACGAACAUAAGUCUGUAGCUAAAUUAGAAAUAGAUACUUACACGCGAGAUUAGACAUUUCAAAUUACGAUUAAAAAAAAAAAAAUAAGAAAAUAAA